AAGAAAACGUGAAGAAGAUCCUCUCUCCAUUUAAGCUUUAUUCUCUUCAUUUGCCUCAAAAACCUAAAGAGUAAUUGAAUUUUAAUUUCUAAACGUAUAAACAAAUCUUCAAGCACGUAAAAACAUGUCCGAUCACCAGAGAGUUCAUCCGGUGAGCGACCCGGAAGCUCCACCUCCGGCACAUCCAACGGCUCCUCUAGUCCCACGUGGCUCCUCAAGAUCGGAAUACGGUGACCCGACCAAAGAAUUUGUGACGCAACCACCACUGUUGGAUACUCCUCCGAGGAAGAAGAGAGGAAGCUGUUGCUGCAGGUGCGUGUGUUACACGCUCCUUGUUAUUUUCCUUCUUAUUAUCAUCGUUGGAGCGGCCGUUGGUAUACUAUACCUUGUCUUUAGACCUAAGUUACCGGAUUACAAUAUCGACCGGUUACAGCUCACCCGAUUUACGCUUAACCAAGAUUCCAGUUUGUCCACUGCGUUUAACGUCACCAUUACCGCCAAGAAUCCCAACGAGAAAAUUGGAAUCUACUAUGAAGACGGAAGCAAAAUUAGCGUCUUGUACAUGCAAACAAGACUUAGCAAUGGGUCGUUGCCGAAAUUCUACCAAGGACAUGAGAAUACGACUAUAAUAUUCGUAGAAAUGACUGGUUAUACUCAGAAUGCAACCAGUUUAAUGGCGACGCUACGAGAGCAACAACAGUUAACCGGAAGUAUACCGUUGCGGAUUAGAGUUGUACAACCUGUUCGGAUCAAACUCGGGAAAUUAAAGCUGAUGGAAGUAAAGUUCUUGGUGAGAUGUGGUGUAUCCGUUGAUAGCUUGGCUGCUAACAAUGUGAUUAGGGUUAGAAGUAGCAACUGCAAAUUCAGGUUUAGAUUAUAAAUUCAUUUUUUUCUAGUUCAAAAUCAUUUAAUAUUACUAUUUUAUUCAUAAUUUGCAUUACAAUACGGAAGGGUUGAGUUUCGUAGUACCUCCCCCAAACACGAUCAUCUCCUUUGCUUCUGUUUUUUUUAUAGAGAAUAAAAAAUUUUGUUUCACAUCUUGUCACCUUGUAAGUAAUUAGUAAAUAAUAUACACUUAUUUUUGUUGUUGAUAAUUAUUAAUUAGGUUUUUAUUUCAUUAAAAUUAUAAAAAUGAUUUUUUUUUGGAUAACCGUGGGGGUUCUCAGGCGGUAAGUCCAGACUAAUCCCCACGAGACCUUCUAUCCGGGCAUGCAUGGUUAUAGGCGGGAAGGUGGCCAAGGCGACUCGAACCGAAGGCGGGCACUCCAGCUGGAGUUCUAUUACCACUAGGCCAAGUUGUUCUUAAUGCAUUGAACACUCAAAAAAUGGAAUUUUCUUUUUCAUUGACCGAAAAAAAAAGACUGAUGAAUAUUGUUUAACUGUAUACACCGAUGUUUCGAGAAGCAGCAUAUGACUGUCAAAAAAACCUGUGGGAGGUGUCAUUCUCACUAGAGGAAACAUGGGUAGUAAUAGCGGACGAAAAACGCUAUGAUUCAUUUUCAAUAGCGUUUCCUUGGACGCUCUGACAUCGCCUGUUAUAAUAGGUCCGACCCUUUUAAUAGCGGUUUUCGGUUGUGCUAUUAUUAAGUUUAUAACAACAG